GUAAAGCAAAAAAUAUAUAACCCAUUUCUUUUUGUAAUAAUUAUCUCCGAUAUUUUUUCGUAAUUAAUAAGUUGCAAAAAACGACGAAGAGAUGCGCAAUUGUCCAUUAAUUGGGCGAAAUGUAGCGUAAAGCAUAAACUGGAGUAAACUGUCAGAAUAAAAACAAAACCAAUAAAUUAUUAACUGCAAAAGAAUUGAUUGUCAAACAUUUCCAUAACGCGAAAUAUGGAAAAUAAAUGUAAUAAAACACCGAAUAACAUUAAUAAUAACAAUAAUACAAAUAGUAAAUACAUGGAUCAUAUGUAUUGCCAUACGAAUCAGAAUAAGGGUUACAAUAAUGUAGCUGUGGGCAACGCAAAUGGAGGGGCUGGCUCUCCAAAUGCUGAUGUAUUGGCCUUAUUGAAGGAAAAUAAACAAUUGAAGGCGAUGCUGAUUUUGCAUUUGGAUUUGAUACAGGAGCAAAGUGAUCAAUUGAUAGCCAAAGAUAAGCUGUUGGUGACGCAAACCGAAGAAAUAGAACGUUUAUCAGCGCGCAACAAUUCUUUAGAGAGUCAAACGCAAGAAUUGCAACAACAAUUACAAAGGCAAAUCAAAAGAAGUGGAGAACUUAGCACACUACCGCCACCACCGUUGGCAAAAAUACAGUGCAAAUCCAAUGCUGCAUCAUUGGCUGUAACAAACAAUUCUACGGUUACUUUACUGCAAACAAUAAACAAUUCUGCAGUUAAUGCGACGACGGGAGUGCAACAACCUAAUAUUAUUGGGGAGUGUAACGGAAAAUUGAUAAGCAAAAUAAUUUUGCAGCGUGUUAGUACGCCUGCAAAAAGGUUGCAGUCACUACGAAGUCCUCAAAGUCAAACUACUGAUACAGAAAAUGACGAGAUUGAAGAAGAGGAUGAAGAAGAUGACAUGGAAGAAGAGGAAGAGGAGGAGGAAGAAAACCCUGACAACGAUGAGAUUAUGGACGAUGAAAAUAAUGAUGAUGAGGACAAUUGUCGUAAUGGCGAAAAUUUAUUCUUUGAAAUAGAGCGCGAUCAGGACACAAAUGAGAGCAAAACUAACACACCAGCCAUUGAAAUAGAGGAUUUUGAAGAUACAGGCAACAGUACAGAAGAUAGUAAUGAGGUUUUGGCUGUUCAAAGUAAACGUCUAAGAUUACGACAGGCGGCUAAAUUGUGUUUGACAAUACCGCGAGGUGCCAAGCCAAGUGUCUCAAUGGCCUUUACAAACAAACGGCAAGCAACAUAUAAGGCACUUACUUCAAACGCCAAAAUACAGUCAGUAAGUGCGACCCCUCCAGCACCUAGUCGCGGCAAACAAAUGCCCUUAAUGCGAUGGCACGCGCCAGAUUUCCACACGGAUGAGUCGGCUAGUUGCGAUUCUGCCACUGAGACUGAAAAACGUUCCAUAUCGGCAACACCUGUCUCCCCGUCUAAACCUGUUGUAAGCGUAAGCGAAACAAAGCACACCUAUAGUAUAAAUCUUUUGAGCUCCACAACACAUUCCCAGGUCCCUACGCGAGCAAAGGUCAAACGUUCUUAUUUAUCUACCUCUCAGCUUUAUUGCGCGCGGGAGUGGGAGGAUGAGGCUUUUGCUGCUGAGAAUAAUUACGAAUUUAUUAAAGCUGAAGCCAAAGCACUAGAUGCAGAUGCUCCUAUGCUGGAAAUACCAAAAUGGACUGAACAUGAGUUGACACCUUCAUAUUGUAUUGAAGGCACGGAAGACCUUUCAGAUGAAAGCUUUCUAAAACGCCACGCUAAAUUAGAAGUCGAUGAGAAGAGACGUAAGAAGUGGGACGUACAACAAAUUCGUGAGCAAAGACGUAUUGAAAGACUUAAACGCAGGCAUUGCAAAGAUGAGAUUGCUAACAACCAGGAAUCACCGAUGCUGCAAAGUUUCUAUCCCACUUCCGAAGCCGUACAAACGAUAUGCUUUAUGCACGAUCUACCGAUACAGGCUUUCGGAGAGAUGAUACCACGUCUAGGAGGCAAUAUUGAACGAAAAGAUUUUUAUUUGCCUUGGUUGGAAAAAAAUUUGCAGCUAAACGCACCAAGCAUUAAUAAAGGUGGUCACGUAGUGGCCACAGCGCUUGCCAGUACAUCAUCCACCCAGCUAACGCAGCAACAAAUGUUAAAUUCCUCAUUUGUUUUUCUCAAAAAACGCAAACGUCAACAAAGUUCUUCGGUUAGCAUUACCACCACUUCGCGUCAGCGUUCGUUAGCUGCCAAAACAACGAGUGCGAAUUCGACUCACGGCUGUUUACAGCCUUUUACGGCAACAGCCGGCAUUACUUCAGUCCAUAGUGAUACCAUUAAUCCUAUCUCUAAUAGUUCUACCGAUGCUACUACAAUUUCAACAAUUUCGGGCACCACUAGUAUAACUACCAUGAGCACAGUAAAUGAAUUAACAAAUUAAUCUUUUAAAAUUUAUAUUUGAUCAUAUAGUUAUCGUUUAUAUUUUAAACACGGAAUGUUAAAAAUUUAAUGUUCUUCGCAUUUGUAU